CUCUUCCGCCGGGCGGUGGCAGCCGUAGAAAACGGGACAGAGGAGCACAGGGAGGCCGACUCGACUGACCUGCACCAGCGGUCCUCAGGUUUCAGUAUGUCGAAGAACGUCAGCGCUGAGGAGAUCGAGGAGAUCAGGGAAGGCUUCCAGAAAGUGGAUGUGGAUGGCAACGGGUACAUCUGCGCCUCUGAGCUCGGGAGCCUCUUCCACGAGGUGGGCCGUCCUCUGGCUGGCUACCAGAUCAGAGAGCUCCUGCAGAGGCUGGACCGGGACAAAGACAGCCGCAUCAGUUUUGAAGAGUUCUCGGCUAUUUUCCAGGAGAUGAAGGAUGACAAAAUGGCCCAGGGUUUCAGGAAAGCGCUCAACAAGAAAGAAGGCAUCGUGGCCAUCGGAGGCACCAGCGAGAUCUCCAGUGAAGGAACUCAACACUCGAUCUCUGAGCAGGAGCGCUUCGCCUUCGCCAACUACAUCAACUCUUCCAUGGAGGACGACCCCGACUGCGCACGCGUGCUGCCCAUCAACCCCAACACGCCGGCCCUGUUCGAAGCCGUGGCAGACGGCAUCCUGCUCUGUAAACUCAUCAACCUCUCUGUCCCCGACACCAUUGAUGAGAGAACCAUCAAUAAGAAGAAACUCACUCCUUUCACCACGCAGGAGAAUCUGAACUUGGCUUUGAACUCCGCCUCGGCCAUCGGCUGCCAGGUCGUCAACAUCGGGGCUCAAGAUCUCAAGGAGGGGAAACCUCACCUGGUGCUCGGCCUCCUCUGGCAGAUCAUCAAGAUCGGAUUGUUUGCUGAUAUCGAGCUGAGCCGCAACGAAGCCAUUGCGGCGUUGUUGGAGGAGGGCGAGAGUCUGGAAGAUCUGAUGAAGCUCAGUCCUGAGGAGCUGCUGCUGCGCUGGGCCAAUUUCCAUUUGAAGAAAGUGGGCAUGUCCAUAUCAAACUUCUCUGGGGACAUCAAGGACUCCAAGGCCUACUUCCACCUGCUUGAGCAGAUCGCUCCGGACGGCAGCAAAGAGGACGUGCCGCAGGUCCAGGUCGACAUGACCGGCGUUUACGAGAAGGAUCUCACGAAGAGAGCCGAGUGCAUGCUCCAACAGGCCGAGCGCCUCGGCUGCCGGCAGUUUGUGACGGCUACCGAUGUCGUGUGCGGUAACGCCAAGCUCAACAUGGCCUUCGUGGCCACGCUCUUCAACAAGCACCCGGCACUCACCAAACCAGAGAACCAAGACUGGACUGUGGAGGGUGAGACCAGGGAGGAGAAAACGUUCAGGAACUGGAUGAACUCUCUCGGAGUCAAGCCCCACGUUCACCAUAUCUAUGGCGACCUGCAGGACGCCAUGGUGAUCCUCCAGCUUUAUGAGAGGAUAAAGGUGCCAGUGGACUGGGACCACAGAGUCAACAUGCCUCCGUUCAAAGCGGUAGGAGGAGGGCAUUUAAAAAAGAUAGAGAACUGUAACUACGCUGUGGAGCUGGGUAAGGCGAAAGCCGGUUUUUCUCUGGUGGGAAUCGGGGGAAUGGACCUCUACGAUGGAAACGCGACUCUCACCCUGGCUCUGGUGUGGCAGCUGAUGAGGAGGUACACCUUAAAUGUUCUCGAAGACCUUGGACACGGAGAGGUUGCCGGAGAUGAUCUGAUCGUUUCAUGGGUCAACAAGACGUUGGCGGAGGCCGGCAAGAGUUCAUCUAUCAAAAGCUUUAAGGACAAAGCCAUUGGAACCAGUAUUCCAGUUCUGGACCUGAUUGAUUCGAUCCAGCCGGAGAGUGUGAACUUUGAGCUGGUUCGAACGGGAACACUGUCAGACGAGGACAAACUGGACAAUGCCAAGUACGCCGUUUCCAUGGCGAGGAAGAUCGGGGCGAAAGUCUACGCCCUGCCGGACGACCUGGUUGAGGUCAACCCCAAAAUGGUGAUGACCAUCUUCGCCUGUCUGAUGGGAAGAGGAAUGAAGAGGGCCUAGAGGAGACGCGCGCGCACACACACACACUGACUGACCGUGUGCCCGUUUGAAUGGAUGCGAGAGGGAACGUGGAUAUGUUGUCUUGUUCUUUGUACGUGAUUAAUCUGCAUUAGCAAAAAUAAAAAAAAGUGCCACUUUAUUCAUAUAUGCCGCGUCAAACUAUCAUCACACAGAAAUUAACAUUUGGCCACAAUGACACAAACAACAGGGAUCCUCUGAGGGUAAUUCGGAUGUUCCCGACAGUUUUUCAGUAAUGUGGGGCUAUGAUAUGAAAAUAAGAAUGAGUGUGUUAAUCUAGGCUGUUGACUGGCGUAUCCUGCCCUAAUAAACUGGAAAAAAAUGUUUUGCUUCUUCAAAAGUAAAAAGCCAUGAUACAUGGGGAACAUUUCCUCAGAAUCCCCCCCGUGUCACUGCCUCCAGGCUCUGCUGUAUCUUCCAAUGUGCUGGCUAGUUCACAGUACGAGCAUUCAUUGAACUUAAGCCAUAAUAUUCUUUACUGAAUACCGUUUGGCCUUUUUUUUUUUAAUAAAUAUGACCAAAGCUGUGUUCAUUAACGUUUUUUCAUUAAUGCUGUUGCGAUCGAGGUUUUAAGGGAAUGAUUAGAUCAAUAAAUGGAUGUUAUAUACUUGUAAUCAUCACUAAAUUUCAGUUUCGUCGAGGGUCCUAAUUUCAAGCUAUAUGGUUAAUGGUCCAAGUUUGCUUUUUACCCCUUAUGCAGAUAGUCCUACUAAAACGUAUAAAUACAAUAAAUGUUUCCAUUAAUUGGAAUGAAUAUCUAAACUUUGCAUCCCAAUUGAAAAGUAAAGGUCCCUUAAAUGUAGAAAUUAAUUAAUUAAUUUUAAAUAAAUCUAAAAAAAUCUAAAGAAAUAGUGCUCCUAUUUAAAAAAAUAAAAUAAAUAAAUAUCGAUAUAAACAGAGUUUAUUCUGUUUGUCUAUGCAGCAGUUUACCUUCUAAAUUGUUGACGUUGAAAUGUAUCAUGUCUUAGGCUGCUGCUACUGAAAUAUAGUCUCUGCAACACCUUUAAUGUGAAAAGAAAAAAAGAUGUCACCUCGAGUCAGAGCAGUCCCUUCUCCUAUCAUCGGAGACGUAGACUAUCCACACAGGGACAGAACAGAGACAUUUAGUGACUCUACUGUUGCUGAUUUAACAGCCAUCAUUGAAAUAUGAUUUCAGUUGCUAAAGAGACAUCCAAAGACACAUUGUGAUUAAAUAUAAAAUAUUAUAUUUUGUUUUUAAUGCUGCGGCUGUAUAUGUUGAUAUGUUUAAUAAGUUAUCUGGGUUUUUUUUGCUGCUGCCAAUUACACACCACAGUCAUCAUAUAUUAUCCAAAAUGUUUCUCAGUGAAGCAGUGUCCAAUCAGCUGUUUAUACUAACGGGUCAUUUGGAUUGCCACUGUAUGCAAAAAAACCCACAUUGCUUUACAUGCCAGCAAUACUUAGGACAGUCAGUGUGUACAAUCAGAUCAAUUAUGUUUAAUAAAAGCAUUUUUCCAA